AUGGCCACACUCAAUCUUAACACCUGCACAUUUCAGCAAUCUCGUGCCACCAUUGAUAGAGUUCAUAUGCUCUUUCACUUCAUAGCUAUAGUAACCUUACUUUACCACAGAACCUCACACCUCUUGCAUGGUGACAUACCAGUUCUAGCAUGGGGGCUCAUCACCACCUCCGAAAUCAUUUUGAGCUUGAUAUGGUUACUUGCACAAGCUUUCCGGUGGCGGUGCGUCACUCGGUCCGUCCACCCGGAAAAACUCCCCGGCGAUGUCGAGUUGCCGGGGGUUGAUGUGUUCAUAUGCACCGCUGACCCUAAGAAGGAGCCGACGGUGGAGGUGAUGAGCACGGUUUUGUCGGCCAUGGCACUCGACUACCCAUCGGAGAAGCUGGCCGUGUAUCUUUCCGAUGACGGUGGAUCGUCCUUGACACUGAAUGCUGCUAGAGCAGCAUGUUUGUUUGCUAGGUCUUGGCUUCCAUUUUGUAGAAAAUAUGGAAUCAAGACUAGAUGUCCUGAAGCAUAUUUUUCACCACUUGGUGAUGAUGAUCGUCGUCUUUGGAGCGAUGAAUUCAGGGCAGAUGAAGAACAUGUCAAGUCAACAUACCAAAUGGUCAAGAAAACUGUUGAGAUAGCUAGUGACUUUGGUGGGAUUGAUGGUUUCGAUUUCGUUGUCAACGAUCGACCUUCUCACGUUGAGGUAUUACAUGACAAUAGGAAAGAUGGAGAUAACAAAGAUGAACAAACCAAAAUGCCUCUUCUUGUCUAUUUAUCACGUGAAAAGAGACCAUCUCACCCUCAUCGCUUCAAGGCCGGAGCCCUCAAUGCUCUGCUUCGAGUUUCUGGGAUAAUGAGCAACAACCCCUACUUACUAGUAUUAGACUGUGACAUGUACUGCAAUGACCCAACCUCUGCUCGACAAGCAAUGUGCUUCCAUCUCGACCCUCGCAUGUCUCAAUCUCUGGCUUUUGUACAAUACCCUCAAAUGUUCUACAAUGUUAGCAAGACUGACAUCUAUGAUGGCCAAGCAAGAUCGGCUUACAGGACAAAGUACCAAGGUAUGGAUGGGCUAAGAGGACCAGUGUUUGCUGGUACUGGCUAUUAUUUGAAGAAAAAGGCAUUAUAUGGGAGACCUAAUCAGGAGGAUGAGUCUCUUCUUGAACCAGAGAAGAAUUUUGGUUUGUCCAAAAUUUUCAUUGCUUCACUAAGUGGCAGUGAGGAACAAGACACCAACGGGAAGGGGGUUUUAUCAGAUGUAAUUUUAGAAGAAGCCAAAAGGUUGGCUUCUUGUACCUUUGAGAAAAACACUAAAUGGGGUAAAGAGAUAGGUUACUCUUAUGAUAGUUUGUUGGAGUCUACAUUCACCGGGUACCUUCUGCAUUGCAAAGGAUGGGAGUCUGUGUACCUUUAUCCGAAAAGGCCAAGUUUCUUGGGUUGCACCACUAUUGACAUGAAGGAUGCAGUGGUUCAACUCAUGAAAUGGAGCUCUGGAUUGUUUCAAGUUGGAUUGUCAAGGUUCAGCCCUCUCACUUAUGGUAUGUCAAGGAUGUCCAUUCUUCAAAGCAUGUGCUAUGGAUUCUUCACAUUUUCGCCCCUUUACUCUGUUGCUCUCCUAAUAUACGGCACAGUUCCUCAGUUGUGCCUUUUCAGUGGCAUUCCUUUGUUCCCCAAGGUUACAAACCCAUGGUUUGGGGUGUUUGCAGUUGUGUAUUUAUCAUCCCUUUGUCAACAUUUCAUUGAGGUCCUCUCUACCGGUGGAACAGUUCGGACAUGGUGGAAUGAACAAAGGAUGUGGAUGAUAAGAUUAGUUACAGGCAGCUUAUUUGGAUGCCUGGAUGCUCUAAUGAAGUGGUUAGGAGUAGCGAAAUCUAAUUUCAGGUUGACGAACAAAGCCUUUGACAAAGAAAAUCUUGAGAAAUAUGAGAGAGGCGAAUUCAAUUUCAAAGAGGCUCUGAUGUUCAUGGUCCCCCUGUCAACAUUAGUCAUACUGAACAUCGUGUGCUUGAUUGGAGGAGUGAAAGGGGUGAUUACUGAGAGAAACUUGGGAGAGAUGUUUGGACAGGUUUUCCUUUCCUCCUCCAUUCUAGUCCUCAGUUUUCCCAUACUUGAAGGGCUGAUACCAUUAAAAAGGAAAGGUAAGUGAGCUUUGAGCUCUUGGGAAUGUAUGUUUACUUGUUUUAAGGGCUACAAUCUACGGUUAUGCCACCCACAGAUAAGAGACUACAUCUCUUAGCUAGCUACUGAAAUAUUUGACGAAAAUAAUGCAUGGUUGUACUUGACUGAAAGUCAAUUGAUGUAAUAUGAAGGUUAACUAUUGAUGAAUGGAGUCUUGAUGUAAUAUGAAGUUUAACUAUUGAUGAAUGGAAUCUUGUGGUUAUUUAUAUAUACAUCAUUCACAUUCAAACCUCCUCCCUUUAUUUAUUUACUUUUUUUUAUUUUUUAUUUUUUAUUUUUUUGUCGGCUACGGUGGCAUAAGACUUGUUAAAGUACUCCAUAAUUUAUCACUAAAACAUGCAAUUUUCA